UUAGAUAUAUAGACAUGGGGAUUAGACAUAUAGACAUGGGGAUUAGACAUAUAGACAUGGGGAUUAGAUAUAUAGAAAUGGGGAUUAGACAUAUAGACAUGGGGAUUAGACAUAUACACAUGGGGAUUAGACAUAUAGACAUGGGGAUUAGACAUAUACACAUGGGGAUUAGACAUAUAGACAUGGGGAUUAGACAUAUAGACAUGGAGAUUAGACAUAUAGACAUGGGGAUUAGACAUAUAGACAUGGAGAUUAGACAUAUAGACAUGGGGAUUAGACAUAUAGACAUGGGGAUUAGACAUAUACACAUGGGGAUUAGACAUAUACACAUGGGGAUUAGACAUAUAUACAUGGGGAUUAGACAUAUAGACAUGGAGAUUAGACAUAUAGACAUGGGGAUUAGACAUAUAGACAUGGAGAUUAGACAUGGGGAUUAGACAUAUACACAUGGGGAUUAGACAUAUACACAUGGGGAUUAGACAUGGGGAUUAGACAUAUAGACAUGGGGAUUAGACAUAUAGACAUGGGGAUUAGACAUGGGGAUUAGACAUAUAGAAAUGGGGAUUAGACAUAUAGACAUGGGGAUUAGACAUAUAGAAAUGGGGAUUAGACAUAUAGACAUGGGGAUUAGACAUAUACACAUGGGGAUUAGACAUAUACAAAUGGGGAUUAGACAUAUAGACAUGGGGAUUAGACAUGGGGAUUAGACAUAUAGAAAUGGGGAUUAGACAUAUAGACAUGGGGAUUAGACAUAUAAACAUGGGGAUUAGACAUAUAGACAUGGGGAUUAGACAUGGGGAUUAGACAUAUAGAAAUGGGGAUUAGACAUAUAGACAUGGGGAUUAGACAUAUAAACAUGGGGAUUAGAUAUAUAGACAUGGGGAUUAGAUAUAUAUAGACAUGGGGAUUAGACAUAUAGACAUGGGGAUUAGAUAUAUAUAGACAUGGGGAUUAGACAUAUAGACAUGGGGAUUAGAUAUAUAGACAUGGGGAUUAGAUAUAUAGACAUGGGGAUUAGACAUAUAGACAUGGGGAUUAGACAUAUAGACAUGGGGAUUAGACAUAUACACAUGGGGAUUAGACAUAUACACAUGGGGAUUAGACAUAUAUACAUGGGGAUUAGACAUAUAGACAUGGAGAUUAGACAUAUAGACAUGGGGAUUAGACAUAUAGACAUGGGGAUUAGACAUAUAGACAUGGAGAUUAGACAUGGGGAUUAGACAUAUACACAUGGGGAUUAGACAUAUACACAUGGGGAUUAGACAUGGGGAUUAGACAUAUAGAAAUGGGGAUUAGACAUAUAGACAUGGGGAUUAGACAUAUAGACAUGGGGAUUAGACAUGGGGAUUAGACAUAUAGAAAUGGGGAUUAGACAUAUAGACAUGGGGAUUAGACAUAUAGAAAUGGGGAUUAGACAUAUAGACAUGGGGAUUAGACAUAUACACAUGGGGAUUAGACAUAUAGACAUGGGGAUUAGACAUAUAGACAUGGGGAUUAGACAUGGGGAUUAGACAUAUAGACAUGGGGAUUAGACAUAUAGACAUGGGGAUUAGACAUAUAUAAAUGGGGAUUAGACAUAUAGACAUGGGGAUUAGACAUGGGGAUUAGACAUAUAGAAAUGGGGAUUAGACAUAUAGACAUGGGGAUUAGACAUAUAAACAUGGGGAUUAGACAUAUAGACAUGGGGAUUAGAUAUAUAGAAAUGGGGAUUAGACAUAUAGACAUGGGGAUUAGAUAUAUAGACAUGGGGAUUAGAUAUAUACACAUGGGGAUUAGACAUAUAGACAUGGGGAUUAGACAUGGGGAUUAGACAUAUAGACAUGGGGAUUAGACAUAUAGACAUGGGGAUUAGACAUAUAUAAAUGGGGAUUAGACAUAUACACAUGGGGAUUAGACAUAUAGACAUGGGGAUUAGACAUAUAGACAUGGGGAUUAGACAUGGGGAUUAGACAUAUAGAAAUGGGGAUUAGACAUAUAGACAUGGGGAUUAGACAUAUAUAAAUGGGGAUUAGACAUAUAGACAUGGGGAUUAGACAUGGGGAUUAGACAUAUAGAAAUGGGGAUUAGACAUAUAGACAUGGGGAUUAGACAUAUAAACAUGGGGAUUAGACAUAUAGACAUGGGGAUUAGACAUAUAGAAAUGGGGAUUAGAUAUAUAGACAUGGGGAUUAUACAUAUAGACAUGGGGAUUAGAUAUAUAGAAAUGGGGAUUAGACAUAUAGACAUGGGGAUUAGAUAUAUAGACAUGGGGAUUAGACAUAUACACAUGGGGAUUAGACAUAUAGACAUGGGGAUUAGAUAUAUAGACAUGGGGAUUAGACAUAUAGACAUGGGGAUUAGAUAUAUAGACAUGGGGAUUAGACAUAUACACAUGGGGAUUAGACAUAUAGACAUGGGGAUUAGACAUGGGGAUUAGACAUAUAGAAAUGGGGAUUAGACAUAUAGACAUGGGGAUUAGACAUAUAGACAUGGGGAUUAGACAUAUAGAAAUUGGGAUUAGACAUAUAGACAUGGGGAUUAGACAUAUAGACAUGGGGAUUAGACAUAUAGACAUGGGGAUUAGACAUAUAAACAUGGGGAUUAGACAUAUAGACAUGGGGAUUAGAUAUAUAGACAUGGGGAUUAGACAUAUAGACAUGGGGAUUAGAUAUAUAUAGACAUGGGGAUUAGACAUAUAGACAUGGGGAUUAGAUAUAUAGACAUGGGGAUUAGAUAUAUAGACAUGGGGAUUAGACAUAUAGACAUGGGGAUUAGACAUAUAGACAUGGGGAUUAGAUAUAUAGAAAUGGGGAUUAGACAUAUAGACAUGGGGAUUAGAUAUAUAGACAUGGGGAUUAGACAUAUAGACAUGGGGAUUAGAUAUAUAGACAUGGGGAUUAGACAUAUAGACAUGGGGAUUAGAUAUAUAGACAUGGGGAUUAGACAUAUACACAUGGGGAUUAGACAUAUAGACAUGGGGAUUAGACAUAUACACAUGGGGAUUAGACAUAUAGACAUGGGGAUUAGACAUAUAGACAUGGAGAUUAGACAUAUAGACAUGGGGAUUAGACAUAUAGACAUGGAGAUUAGACAUAUAGACAUGGGGAUUAGACAUAUAGACAUGGGGAUUAGACAUAUACACAUGGGGAUUAGACAUAUACACAUGGGGAUUAGACAUAUAUACAUGGGGAUUAGACAUAUAGACAUGGAGAUUAGACAUAUAGACAUGGGGAUUAGACAUAUAGACAUGGGGAUUAGACAUAUAGACAUGGAGAUUAGACAUGGGGAUUAGACAUAUAGACAUGGGGAUUAGACAUAUACACAUGGGGAUUAGACAUAUAGACAUGGAGAUUAGACAUAUACACAUGGGGAUUAGACAUAUAGACAUGGGGAUUAGAUAUAUAGACAUGGGGAUUAGACAUAUAGACAUGGGGAUUAGACAUAUAGACAUGGGGAUUAGACAUAUAGACAUGGGGAUUAGACAUAUAGACAUGGGGAUUAUACAUAUAGACAUGGGGAUUAGAUAUAUAGACAUGGGGAUUAGAUAUAUAGACAUGGGGAUUAGAUAUAUAGACAUGGGGAUUAGACAUAUAGACAUGGGGAUUAGACAUAUAGACAUGGGGAUUAGAUAUAUAGACAUGGGGAUUAGAUAUAUAGACAUGGGGAUUAGAUAUAUAGACAUGGGGAUUAGACAUAUAGACAUGGGGAUUAGAUAUAUAGACAUGGGGAUUAGACAUAUAGACAUGGGGAUUAGAUAUAUAGACAUGGGGAUUAGACAUAUAGACAUGGGGAUUAGACAUAUAGACAUGGGGAUUAGACAUAUAGACAUGGGGAUUAGACAUAUAGACAUGGGGAUUAGAUAUAUAGACAUGGGGAUUAGACAUAUAGACAUGGGGAUUAGACAUAUAGACAUGGGGAUUAGACAUAUAGACAUGGGGAUUAGACAUAUAGACAUGGGGAUUAGACAUAUAGACAUGGGGAUUAGACAUAUAGACAUGGGGAUUAGAUAUAUAGACAUGGGGAUUAGAUAUAUAGACAUGGGGAUUAGAUAUAUAGACAUGGGGAUUAGACAUAUAGACAUGGGGAUUAGAUAUAUAGACAUGGGGAUUAGAUAUAUAGACAUGGGGAUUAGAUAUAUAGACAUGGGUAACAAACAGUGUAGCAAAUUCAAUAAUAUUACCCUUGGAUGACACAAAUAUGCAUUCUCUCAAAGAAAAGACGAUAUUUCUUUCUGCCAAAUUAGCAGAAUCACAAAUGAUCAAGCGAUGGUGAGACUGUAGUACCACAUGGCACAGUCCUUGUGCUGAACGCUCACAGAGUUCAUUUCAGCAUCAACCCAGUCACACACACACACACACACACACACACACACACACACACACACACACACACACACACACACACACACACACACACACACACACACACACACACACACACACACACACACACACACACACACACACACACACACACACACACACACACACACACACACUUGUGUCCUACAUGGCUCCCUAUUCCAUACACAGGGCUCUGGUCAAAGUAGUGCACUAUAUAGGGAAUAGGGUUCCAUAGGGCUCUGGUCAAAAUAGUGCACUAUAUAGGGAAUAGGGUUCUAUAGGGCUCUGGUCAAAGUAGUGCACUAUAUAGGGAAUAGGGUUCUGGUCUAAAGUAGUGCACUAUAUAGGGAAUAAGGUUCCAUAGGGCUCUGGUCUAAAGUAGUGCACUAUAUAGGGACUAUAGGGUUCUAUAGGACUCUGGUCUAAAGUAGUGCACUAUAUAGGGAAUAGGGUUCCAUAGGGCUCUGGUUUAAAGUAGUGCACUAUAUAGGGAAUAAGGUUCCAUAGGGCUCUGGUCUAAAGUAGUGCACUAUAUAGGGAAUAAGGUUCUAUAGGGCUCUGGUCUAAAGUAGUGCACUAUAUAGGGAAUAGGGUUCCAUAGGGCUCUGGUCAAAGUAGUUCACUAUAUAGGGAAUAGGGUUCUAUAGGGCUCUGGUCUAAAGUAGUGCACUAUAUAGGGAAUAGGGUUCUUUAGGGCUCUGGUCUAAAGUAGUGCACUAUAUAGGGAAUAGGGUUCUUUAGGGCUCUGGUCUAAAGUAGUGCACUAUAUAGGGAAUAGGGUUCUAUAGGGCUCUGGUCUAAAGUAGUGCACUAUAUAGGGAAUAGGGUUCUUUAGGGCUCUGGUCUAAAGUAGUGCACUAUAUAGGGAAUAGGGUGCCAUUUCAGAUUUUCCUCCAUCAAUACAGCAUCCUGAGGAAACAUUGUGGCUCACUCAGAUCCCCCAGUGCUUCCCUACUCUACCUGUGAAAUGAAUCAUUACUAUACAGUCACAUCGAGGACACAAAGACAAGGGAAAACAUGUAGAAUGACAGUAGAGGAGUUUGAAAAAUGUUUAGUUAUCAUACUCUCCUUUAAAACAGAUGAAAUGUUGCCGUCAGGUAGGUAUGGUAGCCGUCAGGUAGGUAUUGUAGCCGUCAGGUAGGUAUGGUAGCCGUCAGGUAGGUAUUGUAGCCGUCAGGUAGGUAUUGUAGCCGUCAGGUAGGUAUUGUAGCCGUCAGGUAGGUAUGGUAGCCGUCAGGUAGGUAUUGUAGCCGUCAGGUAGGUAUUGUAGCCGUCAGGUAGGUAUUGUAGCCGUCAGGUAGGUAUGGUAGCCGUCAGGUAGGUAUUGUAGCCGUCAGGUAGGUAUUGUAGCCGUCAGGUAGGUAUUGUAGCCGUCAGGUAGGUAUGGUAGCCGUCAGGUAGGUAUUGUAGCCGUCAGGUAGGUAUUGUAGCCGUCAGGUAGGUAUUGUAGCCGUCAGGUAGGUAUUGUAGCCGUCAGGUAGGUAUUGUAGCCGUCAGGUAGGUAUUGUAGUCGUCAGGUAGGUAUUGUAGCCGUCAGGUAGGUAUUGUAGCCGUCAGGUAGGUAUUGUAGCCGUCAGGUAGGUAUUGUAGCCGUCAGGUAGGUAGGUAUUGUAGCCGUCAGGUAGGUAUUGUAGCCGUCAGGUAGGUAUUGUAGCCGUCAGGUAGGUAUUGUAGCCGUCAGGUAGGUAUUGUAGCCGUCAGGUAGGUAUUGUAGCCGUCAGGUAGGUAUUGUAGCCGUCAGGUAGGUAUUGUAGCCGUCAGGUAGGUAUUGUAGCCGUCAGGUAGGUAUUGUAGCCGUCAGGUAGGUAUUGUAGCCGUCAGGUAGGUAUUGUAGUCGUCAGGUAGGUAUUGUAGCCGUCAGGUAGGUAUGGUAGCCGUCAGGUAGGUAUUGUAGCCGUCAGGUAGGUAUUGUAGCCGUCAGGUAGGUAUUGUAGCCGUCAGGUAGGUAUUGUAGCCGUCAGGUAGGUAUUGUAGCCGUCAGGUAGGUAUUGUAGCCGUCAGGUAGGUAUUGUAGCCGUCAGGUAGGUAUUG